CCUGACAGAUACAAAUAUAAUAAUUUCUUAUAUGGUUUUUUCAAAAUAUUUAAAGAAUGGACUGGAAAUAUUUGCUUUCUGUUGAUUUAGAAGAGUUAAAUGAUGACGAAAAAGAUGAUUUGUAUAACAGUGUUACGUGGUUUGAUGUUGAUAGUGAAAAUUUGGAUGACAAAAGAUAUAAAGUCUUGGUUAGGACCUGUCAGGAGAUUUUAAAAUACAAGGGAGAACAAGUAGAAACUCUUUUACACGAAUUAGAGGAGAUGGCUAUUAAGCAAGCAGAAGAAGAGGCUAGAAGACAAGAAAGUGAGGCUGACGUGAAAAGCUCCAAAUCGAAAAAAUCGAGUUCGUUAGAAUACGAAAAUUUAGAACACAAAUAUUUAGAAUUAAAAGCAAAACACAAAAAGGCCGUUAAAAUCAAUGAAAAACACGAAAGUGAACUGACAAAGUUAAACAAUAAGCUAAAAGUUGUGGAACAAGAGAACAAGAGAUUACAGAAUGAGUUACAAACGAUGCCGCACGAUGCUGGUAGCGAAUCCGAUUAUUCGGAGAGUAUUAGAGACCGGCAAAAGGAGUUGGUGGAAACUUUACACAAUAAAAAUACACAGAUAUCCGAUUUACUGAGGGAUAUCGAGGAAGUAGAACAGGAGAAUAUAGUUUUACGAGAAAAAUUUACUAAAGUCAAGGAUGAAUUAUCGUCAGUGACGAAAGAUUUAGAAAAGCUCAAAGAUUUGCUAUCGGAAAAAGAUGAGGAGAUCAAAGAUCAGGCAGGAAAUAUAAACAAAAUUAACCAGGAAUAUGAAGAACUUAAGAAAACAUUUGAAACCUGCCAAAAAGAGAAGCUACUGACCGAAAAAAAAUUGAACGAAACUAUUGAAGACCUAAAUAAACAGGUUGCAGAAUUUAAGGAACAACUGCAUGCUAAAAACGAAGAAAUUGAAAAUCUUAAACUACGUCUCAAAGAACCCAGCUUAAACUCUUCUUUAUCCAGUCUUCCCAAAGACGAUCCCGAACCUUCCCAAACGUUAAUCCUCCAAAAGUCUUUAAACGACAAAGACCAACAACUUAGAAAACUUACCGAUGUCGUAAGUAGAUUCAAGAAAGAAAAAGAUGAUUUCACAGAUAUAAUUCACAAAUUAAAAGCUCAGAAGAAAGCAGGACAACAAAAACUUACAGGAGUUCAAGAGAAUGUAGAAGAGUUAAAGAAACAACUGAAGACUGUACAUGAGAGAUGUCAAAAGUUGCACGAUGAUUUAGUAUUUGCAGAAAAAAAUGCUAGAUGCAAGGACGAAGAGUUAAAAGAUUUAGUAAAACAACUUCACGAAGAGGGAAAAGACGAAUUGGCUGUAAAUAUACAAACACUGUCAGAACUUAAAUCAGAAAACCGCUCCAAAGAGAAACAAAUUAUUUCUCUGGUAAAGGCAACUAACAAAUUACAAGAUGUGUCUGAUAUUUUAGAAAAAGAAAAUUGUUGUCUAAGAGAAAUUGUUGGCCUCUCUGAAGAAGACCAAGUUAAUCUGUCGAGCUACACUUCAAAACAAAGAAAACUCAAAAAAGAAAACGACCAUUUAAAACAUCAAAUGAUGAACAAAGAAGAAUCGAUUCUACAACUUAAGACUGAGCUACAAAAAUUAAAUAGAGCCAAUGCGUCACUGACUAGUCAGAUAUUAGAACUAGGCCACAAGCCUCUACACGAAUCGAAAGUUUCUGCACCAACAAUAGACUUUGACUCGAAAGAAGACAAUAAAGCAUUAGUUGAAGAGAACGAAGCAUUACGAAAAGGUUUACAUGAGGUAAUGUCCUGUAUAAACGACAAGAAAACCCACCUAGAGAUAAAAUCUGAAACUUUUGAAAAACUUCUUCGAGCUCUAGACGUUAAGCACAUUACUGGAUGGUAUCACCCAGCGAUGAGACUUCAAGCUGAAGUCCACAAUUUAGAAGGAAUCAACUCAGAAUUAAGAGAACAGCUUAGACUAGCAAGAAAAGAAAACAAAAGUGCUAAAGUGUUUUCAAAAACAGAAGAAAUACAUGACGUUGAAAAGGACGAUGUUGAUUGUGUUACCUCAGAUUCUGGAAUACAAACAGAGGAAUUGUCUUCAGAUAAUUUAGAGGGAAGUGUAAAUGCUUUGUUUGCUAAAAACAAAGCUACAAAAGGUAGAGAUCUUGAAAUGAUCCAGCAAAAAGUAUCAGCUUGGUUAAAGCAAAUUUUGUCUUCGAAAAUUGAAUUACAAGAAACACUUCAGUCUACACAAAAGAAAUUUGACAACCUUAAAGAUGAACAUGAGCUUGUUUUAGAAAAAUUGAAGAUCUUAAUCAGUGAAACUGAUGAAGAAAAAGUGAAAAAAAUCAAUGAAGUGAUCGGAUCUAAUGUUACUCUUAAUAGAAAAGUGGUUUACUUAGAGAAUGAAAGCAAAAAAUUGGUAGGUAAAAUAGAGCUAUUAGAGAAUGACUUCAAGGUGAAGGAAACCAUAUAUUUAAAGAAUAUUCAAAACAUUGAAAACGAUAAGAAAACUUUAGAGAGUAGGUUAAAUGUAGAGAAAAAUUUAAAUAGUACAUCAAUUAGUUUUGACAAUUAUAAAGAUAUGCAAAACAACUUAAAUAGAAUGACUGCAAAAUAUAGAGAAUUGGCAGCUACCAUUCAAAGACAAGAAGAAGAUAUAUCGUUAGAAUAUACCAUCCUUCUCGAAACCCAAAAAUAUUUAGAAUCAGAUAAAGAAGAAUUAACAAAAAAAUUAGUAACUUUAAUGUCCAAUCAUACUCUUGUUGAAAUUAGAGGAACUGAUGAUAAAAUUGAAAAAUUAUCGCAGAAGUUAGCAGAGGCAGAGGUAAGAGAAAUAAAUGAAAGACAAAGGGCAAACCAUAUUAACAAUCUGUAUAAACUAGUGAAAGAACAGUUGAAUAAAUCCGAAGAGAAGUUUAAAGACUUUUCUAAAUUUAACGAAGAACUUCUAAAGAAGAAUAUCAGUUUUCAAGAACAACUGAAGAAAAUGGAAGAAACAAUAUGUGAUUCUAUCGAUAGGUUAAUUUACGAACAAGUCAAGAAAGAAAAUAGCGAACUUGUCAAAGAAAACGAAAGCUUAUCGAUUAAUUUGAAUAAUAUAAAAAGCGAGCUAGAAAUAGAGAAACAAAGUAAAGAAUUCGAAAAAACUUGGAAUAACUCCAAAGAACAGGAGUUGUUGAAUCUGAAACAUCAAAUCGUUGAUCUGAUUUCAGUUUCUGAUGAAAAAGUUAUUAUAGCCCAACUGAGUGGCGAUGUUCUACAAAACAGGAAAGCAGUGGAAUAUUACAAAGUGAGUGCGAAUGGUUUGAAUGAAGAGUUGAAGAAAAUGAACGAAUUGUUUCAAAAGGAAAGCAAGAAGUACCAAGAUGGUUUCUCUAUGGCAGAAGAGAGGGAGAAAGUACUAAAUGGGAAAAUAAGACAAUUGCAAAGCUUAUUAAAUAAUCAAAAACUUCAAUUUUUUGGUUAUGUUCCUAUCGCAUCUGAAGAAACAUACAUCAAUAAUCUUAUCACAGUAAAUCAACAAAAACACGAGACAUUUUUGGCUCUUCAAAGAGCCAAACAAGUGGAAAACGAAACAGCUGUUUUGAAAGAAAAACUUGAAAUUGAGCUAGAUUAUCUUUCACAACAAAAGGAAAUGGGAACAGAUAGUUGCAAACAAGCAUAUAAUAAAAUGGCAAAUUGGAUGCAAGAAAAAAAGAACUUCCAAAUAAAUGAGAUUCGUCUAAAGCGCCAGUUAGAAUUCAAACAAAGUGAACUCCAGCACUAUAUAGAAAGGUCCAAAUUACAAGACGAACAAAUACUAAAACUAGACCAAGAACUCUUACAAAUCUACAAGUAUUUAGAUAUACCAGAUGGAGUUACACAAAAAUCGUUACAAGUAGAGACCCAAGAGACUAUUUCGCAGAAAUCGCCAACUCCAGCACCCAAACCACGUACCCUAAAAGCUAGUCGGUCGGUAACUGUUCAAACAGAAAAUCUAGAGCCAGUUUCAUCUACUAAGGUCACUUCUGAGCAAAACCAUAUUGUAAAUAACUUAAAAGCAGAACUAUUAACUCUUCAGGAAGAGGUUAAAGUUAAGGAAACCCAACUAGAUCAACUGAGAAGUAAAAUAACUGAGCAAGAGAUGACGAUUAGUAUGUUUCGCAAACAGAUUGGAGAUAAGCAAAGUCAGAUUACUUUUUAUGAGAGGCAUAUCAUGGACCUUCAAAAUAAGAAAGCGGAAGUGGCUUCUGCUGGAGCUGGUGGAGAUAAUGUUAAUGUUGGUACCGAAACUGUCAGCCAGACACAAGAGCAAAUAGCACUAAAGAAUUCAGUGAAAAGUCUUCAAGAAGAAAUAAAGUCUAAAGACGAACAAAUUAUGAAGUACCAAACUUUGUUAAAGAAUGAUAGAGAUAAACACAGUCUAGCAGCAGCCAGGUUGCAAGAAGAGCUACAAAAUUUACAAAAACAGUUGAUGGAAGAAACUCAAAAGGCCAAAAAUUUGGAGGAAACUUGUGCCAAAAAUAGGCCAAACAGAGCGGCUUUGGAGCGGUACGUAAGUCAAGUACACGCAUUAGAAAAACACGCUUCUGAGCUGCACACCAAACUGUCAACGUUAGAGGUGCAGCUGCAGUCUAGUCGACAAGAAUCUAUAAGGUGGAGAACUAUGGCCAACGAUAGACUGACUGCUAUGGAAGACCUGCGGAAAGAUUUAGAUAAACAACAUCAAUCAGAAAUGGUACAAUAUAAGUCUGAUAUAGAAAAAUUGAGGGACCUUGGAAACGACGAAAUAAAUACUUUAAGACAAUUAAUACUAAGGCAAAAAGGAGAAUUAACCGGAAGACUAGAUAUGGAUAUUCAACGGUUGAUCAGAGAAAAAGAUGAUAAAAUACAUGAAAUGAUUGUCAAGCUCAGACAAGUAAAGACCUCAAAGAAAUCCGAACCUCUAGAAUCAGAAUCGACCUCAAAGUUUUGCGAGAUGGAAUCCGCAAAAGAUUUACUUAGCAAAGAACACGAUUUGCUGAAAAAACGAUACGAACAGUUGUUGAUGAAAGAAAAAAAUGCUAGAGACGAGAUAAGAGAGCUAAAAGCUCAACUGCUAAAAAAACCCAUAAGUGCCCGAAGUGAUAAAUCCGAUAAAUCGAUUAAAGACCAACUUCAGAAAAAGGUUUCUUCAUUAGAAAAUGAAAUUAUAGAUCUCAAACGGAAUCUCAGCGAACAAAUUGCCAUCAACGAAGCUCACAGAGUACAAGCUAACGAAGAUUUCGAAAAAUGGAAGAAAAUGAAAUACUUUCAACAAACGGCCGAAAAGUUGAAGAAUAAAUUGAAGGAGAGGGACAACGAGUUUGAAAAGUUACAGCAAACUAAUACAGGAUAUAGAAUGGCGAUAGAACGAUUGGAACGCGAAAAACGAAAUCUGGAAAAUAGAGUCAAGACUCUAAAAGCUUCCAACCUAAACGUUAAUGCAAAUGCUGAAUUGGAAAUUUUAAGAAAUGAAAAUAUAAAAUUGCUCAACGAUGUAGACAUUUUAAAGCACAAACUGGAAAUGCAACAGCACCAUGCAGGAGCUUUGGGAGCUACGAUGUUGCAGGAAAAGCUCGAGGGACAGGAAAGGAAGAUUGCGAUUUUAGAAUUAUCGGCCAAGGGAACUGUGGAAGUGCGAGCCGAAUUAGACCGUCUGCAGACAGCGAAUUCGAAUUUGCAGAAAAGCAACUUGCGACUAGAAGCUGAGAACUUGGAUCUGAAAUUGGAUCUGGAGAAAUCUAAUAAGGAAGUGCCUCAUUUGCAUCAACAAAUUCAACAUCUGGAAAAUUAUAUAGAUGUCCUCAAGAGUGAAAAUAGCAAACAGCAAGUGGAAGUUUCAAGUGAUCCGCAAGCUUCUAGUCCUGAAACCAAAAAAGUUUCUGAAUUAGAACGAACUGUUUUUAUAUUAAAACGAGUUGUAGAGAAGCUUCAAGCAGAAAAUAAAAGACAAGUUAGUGGAAAAAGGCCUCUUUCUGAUCGAUCAGCUUCUGCUGAUAAACUGAAAAGAGACCACGUCCGUCUAAAAGAGCAACAUUUAGAAUGCAAACAAAGAGUCGAACAACUAACAAAAGAAUUAGAAACUACCAAAAAUGCUCUGCAUAGUCUUACUGUAUCUAGGAAUGAAAACGACAAGUCAGUUGCAUUAUCCAGGGAACUAUCCAGCGUUAAAGAUCAAUUGGAAAUUAAAGCAUCACUAUUGGAGAAGGUUAAAAUAUUGCUGCAUAGAGCCGCUGCCAAAGAAAAGGCACUUAUACAAGAGGUCGCAGAGUUGAGAACCGAAAAAGGACUAGGCAUAAGUCCCAUACCGGAAGAAUUAGAAGGAAGCAGUAGCAAUUCUGAAGUUUAAAGUUUUAUACUUUUAUACGUUUAUACAUUAAUUUAAGAAUAAACUUUCAAGGA